UUUGAUUUGCUAAGGUAAUUUGUCUUCGGUGACAUUUGAUAGCCGGACCAAAAGCGGAAGAGGAUUGUCCGAGUGAUGCUAGGGAUGUUUUGCUAACGGUUAGCUACAGCAAGCUAACUUUGUGUUGUUGUUGUUGUUGUUGUCGUCGUUGUUGGCUUCUUCUUCUUCUAAUCUCCCCGAUGUUGCCAGAUGCAGUUUGACUCUGUGGAAUAUUUUACAUAAAUGUGAAUAUUACUUUUAAAAAAACAAAACAAAAAAAAAAACAAAGUGAGAGAAAUGAACGGGAGCACGAAUCCGCUGCUGGACAAAGAGGAGCAUGUUUUGAAGCUCGGAGAAAGCUUUGAGAAGAGGCCAAAAUCUUCCUUUCACACCAUCAGAUAUGACUUCAAACCAGCAUCUAUCGACACGAGCUGUGAGGGAGAGCUGCAGGUUGGGAAAGGGGAUGAAGUCACCAUCACGUUACCUCACAUCCCGGGCUCCACGCCUCCAAUGACGGUAUUCAAAGGAAACAAGCGGCCGUACCAGAAGGACUGUGUGCUCAUCAUCAACCACGACACCGGAGAGUUUGUGCUGGAGAAGCUGAGCAGCAGCAUCCAAGUCAAGAAAACCAGGGCGGAGGGCAGCAGUAAGAUUCAGGCCCGGAUCGAGCAGCAGUCGGUUCGGUCCAGCCAGCCCACCUCUCAAUUCCGGGCCCCGACUAAGCCCGGCACAGGGGUCAAGACCUCCCCGUCUCCUUCUAAAGAUAAUCCCUCCCCGGAGCCUCAGCUCGAUGACAUAAAGAGAGAGCUGCGAGCGGAGGUGGAGGUGAUCGAGCAGAUGAGCAGCAGCGGCAGCAGCAGCUCCUCUGACUCGGGCAGCGCUUCAGGCAGCGGCGACGACAGCAGCAGCGACGGCGAGCACGACGCCCCCCGACCGCUCAGCCAGCCCUCCCCCAACCGCCACCCCAUGGUCAACGGAGGAGCCGACCAGCAGCAGGGCAACAACCAGCUCAUGAACACACUCCGAAACGACCUUCAGCUCAGCGAGUCGGGCAGCGACAGUGACGACGACUGAACUCUCUGCUGGUCAGUCUCUGGCUCUCUCUACACUCCUCCUCCUCCUCCUCCUCUCUGCCUGGCUCACUCCUUCCUUUGCUGUGAUCGCUGACCCCAGCUGUAUAUCUCAGUUUGAAAGUAUUUUUAUUUUAGUUUAUCCUUAAAGCUGGCCAGCCUGGAACUUUAAGAGUGUAUUUUUAUUAGAUGUAUAUUUUGUUUUGUAUAGCAAAAAAAACUUUAGAAAAAGAAACUUUUACUUGAGAGGUUUGGAAGAUUAUAUAUUAGAGUGCACAUACAUAUUUUCUGUACUUAGAGCAGCUAGUUUUAUCUACUUGUAUCAUCUGUUUUUUGUUGGGUUUUGUCUUUAUGGAAAAGACAGGAAGAGAAUGUCCUGAACUGUCAGACCUCAUCCUCUCACCUUGUCUCGUCGUUUAUCAGAGAAGGUCGUGGGUCCCUGUUUUUAUUGGUUUGCUAAGAAUACUAAAAUGUAAUUGAGCAGCCUGCGCAUGAGCAACAUAUCACAGAACAUGAGACAUCCAUUCUGUCGUCUGCUUAUCUAAUGUGUUGAGUGGAGCACAAACAAAAUAUGGCUGUGGUUUCUUAAUCUCAAUUUAAAUGUCUCAGUCCUCAUUUUAAACCGCUGAUUAUUUUAGAAACAAAUCUCCCCGUCAUUCUUUAGGAUAAAUGAUGACUGAUUGUUGUCAAACGUCAGUCAGAUGACAUUUAUUUAAAGAUAAUGCAACAACAAAUCCCAUUAAAAGGCCAAAACCAACAAUUUAGACGAUCUCUGAAUGUUCUCUGACUUCCUGUCUGUGACUCUGAAGACAAAUCCAUAAAAACAGCUCCUAAAUUAAUAGUUUACAUUUCUCAGAGGCUCGUGAGUUUCCCCGAACAGCUGCUCGCUGUAGUUUUGUCAAAUAAACAGAAAGAAAUGGUGCAUUUGUUGGAAACUAUUCAGCUAUGAAUUAAUAUUCAUUUGAUGCUCCUGUGAGUAAUCGAAGCAGCAGGACAGUGUGUUCAUGGUGAUGAACACAAACUGUGUUACAUGACGUGAUUUUAAUCAUUUUUGACAACAACAGAGCUCUGAGACAGUGGAGGGAGAUAAGUCAGGCGUUGAUACACACAGUACAUGUUCGGAUCAAUUCGUUGUUGGUUUUGGCCUUUUCAUGGGAUUAGAUUUGAUUUUUUUCAUCUUCAAAAGAGACAGUUGACCUAAAAAUAAAUAUUCAGAUGCUGUUUACUCACCUUAAUGUGAAUGGAAAGUGGGGUGAAUUUCAUAGUCCACAAAACAUUUGUGGUUUAGCAGAAUGCUGCAGAAAUGUUUUGUGGACGACGACACUUCACCUGACUUUCAUCGGCAUGGACGAGGAGAUGAUGACUGGGUUUUACAUUUUUGAGUAAAACUGAUCUUAAAGAAUUUGAGAUCAAUUUGUUGAUGACAAGUAUUUUGCCAGUCUUGUUCUUUAAACAGUUUUCUAAUUGGAUGACUUUCAGAUUUUUUUGCAGUGUAAGGUUAAGAUAGUUGUGUAGUGACAUGGCUUUGUCGGAAAAAUUUUAUCCAGAUUUCAGAAUUUUUAGAGGCAAGUUGCAGAUGUUUAAAGCUGCGUUUAGUGAAUUUCUGAGCACUAGGGGGCAGAAAAGACUAAAGAACAAACUGACAGAACCACAAACCUAAUGUAUAUCAGCCAGUUGUGUUGUUACAGCUAAUGUGUUAGCAAACAGCUGAAUGUAAGUCUUCUAUUACGUAUUUGUUUAUAGCUCAGGUUCGGUGUCCAAAAUCCUCUUGAGAAAAACAUUCUGGUCACAGUUGCGGAUGAAGAUGAAGUCUGUUUGUAGCUCGAGACUAAAUAAAAAUUAGCUGGAAGAGGCGAAACAUCUCAGUCUACCUGCACAGGUGGCUGUGACUGUCAGCAGGCAGCCAUUUGAGUUUACACUACACGUUCUGCAGAGAACAGUGGAGGACUUUCUCCAUUUGUUUGUAGGAUUCUCUGCCAGAACUUCUUUCCUUGUUAUUCUUCUGUAAUGUCACCGUAAAAAUCUCACUGACUCAGAGCAGAACCAAGUACAGUAUCAGAGACAUUAUUCAGAGAAUUCUUGAUGUCAUUAAUCAGUUCAUCACAGUUAACAGGACGGUCUUGAUUUGAGGCGUUGUCAUAAAUGUCAGUGAACAAAACACUUUAACCCCAAAUUGAACAAGAUUAAGUCUGGAAAAGGGAAGAACUCCUCCAAAGAGCUUUAAUUUAUUGUUUCUACAACGACCACUAUUUGUUUUCGGUCUGUAACAGUCGCGUUGUCGUUAUUGAACGGAGAAUGUCUUAUUUUUUUGAUCCCAUGUUUUCAUACAGUAGUUAUAUAACAGGACCAUUCCAGGCCUUACAGUGUCUCAGUUUGGAAAUAAAGGUCGAAUGUGUCAUUUUCCUGAAAAUGCCAAAGAGUUGAACAGAGAGCAGGAACAGUGUCGUGUCGGCGUGUAAAUGUGUUUCAUUUAGAUUUUCUCUGAGGCUGGUUGUGUUGUUGUUGUUGGUUGUACAGUAUAAAUCGUUAUUAAUGCAAACACAAGUGAAGAGUUUCAUUGGUGAAUGCCAACAUGGAUUAUUGUAAUGGAGCGUUUUUUCCAUCCUCACAAAUGUCACAUCAAGAUCAUUUUUCAGAGAUUGGGGAAAAAAAGUUUGGGGGAAUUUACAAAAGGAUGAAAUCUAAAGGGAGGUUUAUUCUUACAGAUGAUGCAGCUAAUUAGUUUUUUGUGUGUCCUCACAGAUCUUGAGCUCAAAGUGGCAUCUUUAAAUAACUUCUUCUCUUUAUUUACUGUCACAAAGAGGAGCAGCAAAUCCUCACGUUAGAAACUGAAACCACCAAAUGUUUGACAUUUUUUGCCUGAAAAAGACAGUUUGCAGUUAAUUUUCUAAACCUUCUUCUUCUUGUCUGACAGUCUAAACCCAAUGUGAUUUCGUUCAUUGACAACUUAAUCAACUGAUGAUCAAAACUGUGUUUGACAUUCCUGUUCAGUUCCUGUACAGUCAGUCAGUAAAAGUAUGAAAUUGUUGGUAAUCAAGGAGGCUAAUAACCGAUAUUUGGAACUGAUUUAGACAUUGGAGGUACCAUUGCCUGCUAUGUUAUACUUCCACUCAACUCCUUUCAGUUGACAGCUUUAGUUACUAAUAACUUACAGAUUCAGAUUAUUCGGUGUUGAUUUUGAUAAUAAAUGUGAUGUGUAAGCAGUCAGAUCGUGUUGUGGGCGGGAGAUCAGACCUAUAAUUGGAAAAAUGCUAAAUAUUGGCCCCGAUAAUUUGUCAAUUCCUAUCAUAAAUUAUUAACUGAUGAACAUUUUUUUUAAAGCUCAAAGCUUCUGUGACAUUUUGAAAUGAAACUCUUCAAUCGCGGAUCAGAUUCAGUUUGUCGUGUUGCUACAAUGAUCUGCUGUCGUACCGGAUGUAGCUGCUGUUGUUGUUGUUGUUGGUAUUUUUAAUUCAACAGACAUGAUUGUGAGUUUUAAACAGUUUCUGACCCACCACACAGUACUACAACCACAACAGUUUUAAAUGACACGAAGGAAAUCAACCACCUGCAAGAGGAGACGAUCACUUUGUCGACCCUACACCACCCACCAGUUCUUCUUUGAGUCGUAGUUGAAUUUGUUGAAUCGCGCAGCAUCUUUCCACUCUGGUGUUCCCUCUGAAAGCUGUAACACACUUUGUUGAUAUUUGGUGCAUUAAGUUCUCAUGUUUUAUUUGUUCUUUUUAGUGCUACCUUCAUGUGAACCCUGUUUGUACAAACUUGAAGUGUAUUAAAAGUGUGCAGAUGUAUUUAAAAAUGGA